CAAGCAUUUUCGUUGAAAAUUUGCGUCCACUUUGGAUGACCGAAGUGCCUGUCACUUUUCGAUAUUCAACUGCUAGACGAGUGCUUAGCUUAAUUUGGAGACGGCAUGUCCUCGAAUGGAUUGAAAUAUGGUCUAAACAUCCGAGGAAAAACUGCGUCAGCUUCUCGAAAACCGGGAAUUACUUUUGACGAUGAUUUCGACGAGGACGAUGAAGAACCAGAUAGACAAACACGAUCAAGUGUCAGAUUGGAAGAACCAAUUGUAGAACAAGAAGUGGAUUCUUCUGUUUACGGUUAUGAUGAGUACUACGAUAGCAUGAAACAAGUGGAACGGGAAAAGGAACAGAAAAAAAAAAUGGAAGCGCAGGAUCGCCGUCCAAAAUAUAUGGCUGACUUAAUAGCAGCCUCAAAAACACGGAAGAGGGAUUUAUUAUUGGCAAAAGAACGUGCUCUAAAAAAGCGACGUGAAGAAGAAGGUGACGUAGAUGAAGCUUUUGUCACGACAAGUUACGUGAAACAUCAAGAAGAAGUGUCAAAAGAACUUGCAGAUCAGGAGGCUGAAGAAGCUAAAUUGAAGAGUUCUGGUCGUGGUCUUGAGCAGUUCUACUCUAAUAUGCUUGAGCAGCAAGAAGAGCAGCAUCAGGCUGCUGUUCAUGCUUCGAUGAACCGGAAUGCUACUUCUUCUUCAGCAGAUAUUCUCGCAUCGAAAAAGAGUGAUAAGGAGUUAGCUGAAGAAGCAAGGAAACGCGGGCUGCAUGUUGAGCUGAACGAUGAAAAUGAAAUCGUCGAUCAGCGACAAAUUUUGAAAGCGGGUUUGAAUACAAGCAUUGGAGCCGUCAAGCAUCCCAAUGAAAAUCAAAGAGACAAAAAUGCGAAACCUUGGUUUGAAAGGAAAGGCGGCCGUAAACAUUACGAGUCUCGAUCUUCAGCUUAUUCUACCCAGUCGUAUUCAUCAACGACUACUGCUCUUGACAUGCGUGAGCAAGAGCGUCAAGCACGGCUUAAACGUGAGGAAGAAGAGCGGAGGAAACGGGAAGAGAUUCUUCGCACACAUACUUCACAUACAACGACGCAAGCACAAGUGCAAUCGGCUCGUGAACGUUACCUUCAACGAAAACGACAGCAGCAACAACAGCAGGGAAAUGUUUCCGGCAACGGUGAUGCCAAAUAAAUUGUAUGAUAAACACAUUUACAAAAAACAAGGGGAUCCACCAAAAAUGUCGAGAACAGAUCUCCCAAUCCGCCCGCCUCGCACCCUUUACCUAUAACGUUAUGAACAAUUCAUUUCUAUGCGAUCCUUUUGUCGAAAGCCCGGUCUAUCCCGAAAGUACAAUAUUGAUCAUAUCUUGUUCAACAUAAUCGUACACAUUCAUUGGCGUGUCGUAUCUACUUGGAGAGAAUUUUGAUGACAAACUCACGGUAGUUAAAAGAGCCUGUAUUGUUUGGAUCCGCUUCUUGAAUCAUUGCCUGAACUUCUGCCGUAGGGAGUUUUUCACCCAAGUUGGUCAUAUACUCGGCAAAACGACUUGUUUCAAUCAUGCCUGUGUUGUCACGGUCAAAGACAGCAAAAGCUUUGAUGAACUCGUCCUCUGAUUCCACCUGACUUAAUUUUUCAGUCAUAAGAUCUGUAAACACCUGUUUGUUGAUCGUGUCGCCAUGUUUCUGGGAAAAGUUUGUGAGCUCAAUAUCUGUGAUAUUAACACCCAAACUACGGAGAACAGAACCAACGUGGCUAGUGGGUAUAAGACCAUCGUUAUCGAUAUCAUAGAGGUUAAAAGCCUCGUUCAUUUCAUCAAUUUGUUCUUUAGAGAGAGACAUCGUUAAAUGUGUGUGUGUGCGUAAUUGUGUGUGUCGUUCCUGGAUGGUGAAUUUAAGCAAUGAGGGAAACAGGUACUCGAGGUAUAAACCUUGUCUUUGUUGAUAUAUGUGGGAGGAUGCCGUUUGUGAACGUUGAACUGGUGGAGCACUUUUGGUGGUGAGUUUUGAUCAGAUGUCGGUUUCCCGCAGUUUUAACCAAUAACAAACGAAUAAACAAAAAUCGC